UAGAUCUAAAAUUAGAUGGCUUGGAGGACUCACCAAGUUCAAAGGGUUAUUAUUUUUUGAACUUUAUGUCUACUCUACAACAAUCUUACACUUCGAGUUUUCCUUCCUCCGCAACUUCUAAAUCAUUUUAGGGUUUCUCUCUUCUCAUGCAUCUGCAACACCUAAGGGUUUUGGCUCAUGGAUUCUUCUUCGGCUUCAUCUGAAACAGAUGAACUUCUCCAUGUAUUUUGGCACCCUGGAAUGCUACAACAUGACACAGGAAAAGGGGUCUUUGAUACUUUACAUGACCCUGGUUUUCUUGAUGUUCUUGAAAAGCACCCUGAAAAUGGAGAUAGAGUCAAAAAUAUGGUUUCUAUCCUCAAAAGGGGGCCUAUUUCGCCUUACAUUUCAUGGCAUUUAGGAAGGCCAGCUCUAAUUUCUGAGUUAUAUUUAUUUCAUACUCCAGAUUAUAUUAAGGAGCUUAUCGAAGCUGAUGAAAAUGGUGGCAAGCAACUUUGUGCUGGUACUGUUUUGAACCCGGGUUCAUGGGGUGCUUCUCUUCUUGCCUCUGGUACUACAAUCUCAGCGAUGGAACACAUAUUAAACAGAAAUGGAAAGAUUGCAUAUGCGUUAGUGAGGCCACCUGGCCAUCAUGCUCAGCCUUCUCAAGCGGAUGGGUAUUGCUUUCUAAACAAUGCCGGGCUUGCAAUUAAGCUGGCUUUAAACUCUGGUAUCAAAAGAGUUGCAGUUGUUGAUAUUGAUGUCCAUUAUGGCAAUGGUACAGCUGAAGGGUUUUAUGAUACAUGUGAUGUCCUUUCCAUCUCUCUACACAUGAAUCAUGGGUCAUGGGGACCAUCACAUCCCCAAAAAGGUUCAAUUGAUGAGAUUGGGAAAGGCAAGGGAAGUGGCUUUAAUCUGAAUAUACCAUUACCAAAUGGAACAGGAGAUAAGGGAUAUGAAUAUGCAAUGACCAAGUUGGUUGUUCCAGCUAUCGAUAAAUUUGGUCCUAAGGUUGUGGUUCUUGUUAUUGGCCAAGAUGCCAGUGCGUUUGAUCCAAAUGGAAGACAAUGUCUCACAAUGGAGGGUUACCGGGAAAUUGGUCGCAUAAUUCGGAAUUUAUCUGAUAAGCAUGCCAAGGGCCGGAUACUCAUAGUUCAAGAAGGGGGAUACCACCGCACAUACUCUGCAUAUUGUCUUCAUGCCACACUAGAAGGUGUUCUCAACCUGCCUCUUCGUUUGCUCUCAGAUCCCAUUGCUUAUUAUCCAGAAGAUGAGGCCUUACCGGUUAAAGUAGUGGACUUCAUAAGGAAGUAUUGGGGAGAGAAUUUGCCAUGGAUGGUGACAGAUAGAUCAUCUUAAAGAGGUACAUCCUCAUCUAUCCUUAGAUUAUGGGGAGUUUGUGUGCAUGUACAUGUGACGGCAUGUAUGCAUGUGCAAUAGCAUGCUGUGCUUGUGCAUGCAUUUGGAAAAUGUAUAUAUGACAUCAUAUUAUGUGAAAUUUUGUGAGAAUAAAGGAAAAAUGAAACAAAGAGACACAUACAAAGAGAAAAAAGAGAUUGUGGGGAUCCAUUACAAUACAUUGCAUAUUUCAAAA